CAUAGUCCAGUAGUAGUCAGUUUAUCAAAGCCCCCCUUGGUUACUUAGAUAGACAAAAGGUCCAACCCCAAGAAGCAUUAUAUGUCUCUUUGAAUGUCUUUAUUAUGUGUCUUCUUAGAGAGAGAAACACAUGCAAAUAUAGAGAGAGAAACAAAGAGUUGGUAAGCAAGGUGUCAAUUGUCAAAGAAAUAUGUGUAUUAGUACUGAUCAGAAAAAGAGAUAAUUGCAUGUGUUUUAGUUUCUGGGAGUGGGAAUUGUUUAAAGACAGAAGCCAUAACCUGCAUACAGAAUCUCACCUCCAAAUAUAGCAACACAAAGGAUACCAUCAUCUGUUUCUUAACAUUCAUCUUCUCUCUCUACAACUCUCUUUCUUUCUCUCUCUCUCUCUAGACCCAUUCUCUGAUCAUAAGUUUCUUUACAGAUAUUCUCUUAUAUAAAGACUGUACUCCAGAACAAAACACAAGUGGGUUUUGAUCUUUUGUUCCAAAUAAUUGCAUGAGUCAUUGAAUCUCAACUUUUUAAGUCUUAAAGAUUGGAUCUUUUUUGUGGGUUAUGUGAUAUUCAAACCCAUGUCUACUCUCAAAAAAAAUCUAUCAGCACUACUGUUCUUGUUUUUGUUCUUCAUAUCCUUUUGUCUCCUCAAAAACCCUUCUUUAGUUUACAGGUUUGCAUUGGCUUCCAAACACCAAGAAUCUGAUCUCUACUUUCAGGAUAUUGCCAAUAGUGAAAAAGAGACUUUGUGGGCUUGGACCACCACCACUUCAAGGAGGAGAUUAACCGGGCCCGGCUCAUCGCCGCCGCGUUGUGCUUGGAAAUGCGGGCGGUGCACCCCAUGCAAGCCGGUUCACGUGCCGGUGCCACCAGGGAAUCCGGUGACCGCGGAGUACUACCCGGAAGCAUGGAGGUGCAAAUGUGGAAAUAGAUUGUACAUGCCAUGAUGCAUGCAUGGCUUUUUAUUUGGGACUUACUAAGUUACUAGUUUGUAGUUUGUUCUAUUAAUUACGAGGGGUAUUGUGUCAUUAAUCAAUUCGGUAGGACUAAUGUCGCAAAAAUGAAAACUAUAUAGAAGCUUGAUUAAUCUAUAGCAAUAAUAUUAGGAAUCAUUUGAGGAAUUUGAAUCUUCUAUUUUAUA